UUUAUUUUUUGCUGUAAGAAUGUAAAAAUCUGGUGAAAUGUCCCCUCACUGGUGAAAGAGAAUACGGUUUGAAGAAAAUCAGAGUACAAGUAUUUGACAGCAUGGCUGCACAGUUUAUAAUUACAUGUGAUUACUGUGACAAACCGGCCGAAUGUUUCUGUAACCCGUGUCAAGCAAGACUGUGUACGAAUUGUGUAACCAUACACCUGCAGCAACAAUCAGAAGACGGGCAUGAAAUUGUGCUUAACACCAAACGUAAAAAGAAGUACACAUCUCUAAAAUGCAAGACCCAUCCAGAGCUAGAGUGUCACAUGUUCUGUAAAACGUGUGAUAUUCCAAUUUGUUCCAAGUGCGGUACAGGAAAGCACAAACCGCACGACCUGGCGGACUUUGAGGAGAAAAUUGACAAAUUAUCUCAGACAUUGGAUCAAGAGCAAUGGGAAUUGGAAUAUACAAUAAAACCGGUAUAUAUGAAAAUCAUCCAACAAAUCAAGUUCCGAAUAUCUUCUGUUCGAAAACAUUACAGGUCACUUUCUGAAAUCGUGGACCACAGUGGAGUAAAAUGGCAUCAAGUCGUUGAAGAAGUCAUCAUAGAUCUGAAAAAUGAACUCAUGCAAAUGGAAAUUGAUCAAUUAAAGUUGCUUGAAAGAGAACAUGAGAUGUUCAAGGAGAUCCUGGAACAGAUAAACAACACAAUAAAUUAUAAUUCUGAUUUAAGUGCAUCAAAAAAUCGAGCUAAGCUAUUGCAAUACACGUCAGAAAUGAAGAGCUUCAGCUCGAUUCCUCCCCUCACUGAUUUUAUACAAUCAGAAUUCACAGCUGAAUCCCCCUCUAAAGAGAAGCUGAGGACCCUGAUUGGAAGCUUAGAAAGAUUUAAAACCAUAGAUCUGACUGGAUACAAGGUACCCCUCGGACCACUCCCAAAAAUGUCCAAGUGUAUUCUCAAACACCCAGUUCUGAUAUCUCAGAUCGAAACAGAUUUUCCACCUGACGACCAGGGAAAUAAGAUCUACGAUAUCGUUGCUGCAAGUCAUGGUCGUUUUUGGGCAGCAGGAUACAGUAGGACUAUGAAACAGUUCAGUUUCAAUGGUCAUUACAUCGAUUCAUUUACUGUAGGUCACAAGAGUUCUUAUAUUGCCACGUCCACAAAGGGUUUGCUUCUGUACAGUGACCAGUCAGAUAACACAAUUAAAAUGAUCACCUCCGAAGGCAACACGGAGACACUUGUACAUUUCGGAGACUGGGUCCCAAAAGGAUUGGCUAGCUCCGAGUUCAAGAAUGGUCAACGACUAUUUGUAUGUCUCCACAGCAAAGAUGACCAUAAGGUUGCACAGUACAACUCAAAAGGCAGCUUCGAGCAGGAGUUUCUCUAUCCGAGUGAGCAUCAUCCAUUAUAUAUUGCUGUUAACAAAAAUGGGGAUAUAGGAACAACAGAUCACCGACAAAACUCUGUGGCCGUCAUGGAUAAAUUUGGAAACCCCCGAUUUAUCUACAAGGGCAACAUAGAAUCAAACAAACACAAGUCCUUUCAGCCAAUUUCAAUUGCAACAGAUUAUUUCAGUAAUAUUCUUGUAACAGACUGGGCGAAUCACGGAGUUCACAUACUCAGUGGUGAUGGUGCCUUUCUCCGCUUUAUCUCUCCUCAGCAGCGGAUAAAAGAGCCCAGGGGACUUUGCGUUGUAGGUGAGGGAUUACUCUGCAUGGGUGAAUGUGCCUCUGGGACCAUAAAAGUUUUCAAAUAUUUAAAAAUUUGAAUGAAGUCCUUCCAGGUACAUGAACUUUAAACACAAAGUUCUCAGAAUAAAAACUUAUU